AUGAAUCUUUUCAAAGCCAUCAAUGACUUAUGUUGCUUUUCUUUUAUCGAUUCCUUCUCCUCUGCAGAUUUGGCCGCCUCCUCUCUGCAGUACCCGUGUGGUUCAGUGGAUUAUCUGUGUUCUCCACGGCUGGUGAAGAAAGGCCCGACCCCUAGACCAUGUCACGACCGGCCGGCCAUCAAACCCCGGCCCCAGCCCUCCGCCUCGCCCAGACCGCCGAUCGCGCAGAAGCCUCAAGUGCCCCCUAAACCUGCACACCUGCUCGCCCUCGGGCAAGAUAAGAAACCUAAGAGGAUCCCCCCAGCACCCUCCAGACCCCUACCGGCACCCCCUCCUCCGCCCAAACCAAAGCCCUGCUUAGCUGCUCCUGGCCUGGGACCACAGCCUCAAAGAGAGGCCCAAAAAGUUGGGCAGCUCAUUGAGAGAUUUGAAAACUCAAGGGUCCCCAUCCUGGGGGUGCUCCCACGGUCACAGCUGCACCUGUGCCUGACAAUGGACACUGCCUCUGACCCCCCCCUCCCCUGCGGCCCGGACACCGCGGCACAGGUUGCAGAGGACCCUUCUGUGCUGGACAAGCUUGCACUGGGCACCUGCGCGCAGACCGAUGAGGCCCCUGAGCUGUCCCGCCUGGCCUCCAUGCACAUCGACGAGGCCGUGCCGGACAGCUGCGCGGAGGACGGCGUCGCGCGCAGGGUGGGCUGCCUGGACGAGGAGGGCUCCUCGGACAAGCUCCUGGACAAUCCCGACUCCUCGGAGCAGAACGGGAAGAUCCCCAAUCGGGACAGCGGCAUCGACAGCCCCUCGUGUGCGGUGGAAGGGGAGGUGUUCCCCAACGAGGACGCCAUCGACGAGGAGGAUCAUUACGACAGCGUCACCGAAACGGAGAGCGUGUCCUGCUGCGUAACCCUGGACAACAAGCGGGACUCGACACAGGACGAGGACAGUGACUUAGACGAAGGCAGCAGCGGGGAGAUACACUCUCUGACGGACACGCAAACGGCCUAUGUGACAGACACACACUCAGAGGCACACAAAUGCUCAGAGGCUCAAAAGCUCCUAAACAUUGCCAAAGAGCUUCUCCAGACUGAAGAGGCCUAUGUGAAAAGACUCAACCUCCUCGACCAGGUAUUUUGCACUAAGCUUACCGAGGCUGGAGUCCCUCAGGACGUCAUUACAGGGAUCUUCUCAAACAUCUCCUCCAUCUACUGCUUCCACGAUAAGUUCCUGCUUCCUGAGCUCAAGACACGGAUUACUGAAGAAUGGGGUUCAAAACCCCGCAUUGGAGAUAUCCUCCAGAAACUGGCUCCAUUCAUGAAGAUGUAUGGUGAAUAUGUGAAGAACUUUGACCGAGCCAUGGACUUGGUGAACACAUGGACCCAGAGGUCUUCACAGUUCAAGAGUGUUGUCCAGAACAUACAGAAACAGGAUGUAUGUGGGAACCUGACGUUGCAGCACCACAUGCUGGAGCCGGUCCAAAGGAUUCCUCGAUAUGAGCUGUUGCUGAAAGACUACCUGAAGAAGCUGCCUGAUGAUGCCCUUGACAGAAAAGACGCAGAGAAGGCACUGGAGCUGAUCUCUACAGCGGCCAAUCACUCCAAUGCAGCAAUCAGGAAAAUGGAGAAGAUGCACAAGCUGUUGGAGGUUUAUGAAAGGCUCGGCGGAGAGGAGGACAUAGUCAACCCAGCCAAUGAACUCAUCAAAGAAGGACAUAUCAAGAAGAUGUCAGCCAAAAAUGGAACAGCACAAGACCGAUACCUCUACUUGUUCAACAACAUGGUUUUAUACUGCGUGCCUAAACUCAGACUGAUGGGGCAGAAGUUUAGUGUCAGAGAGAGGAUUGACAUUGCUGGCAUGGAGGUGCAGGAGAAUGUGAAACAGAAUCUCCCUCACACAUUUGCCAUAAUCGGUAAACAGCGUUCACUGGAGCUACAGGCCAGGACAGCAGAGGAGAAGGAAGAUUGGAUUCAGGCAAGGAUCACACACAGUGUGAUCAAGGCCACUAUUGAACGGCACAAACAAAACAGCGAAACGUUCAAUAAAGCUUUCAACAGCUCCUUCUCCCGUGAAGAUGACCAUCUGCCUGAGUCACCGGGUCCCUGGUCCAACACUUCCAUUGACUCAGAUGGUGAAAAACUACACGAAAGGAAGAGUUCCAGGAAAAAGGAGAAAGAGAAACAAACGUGCAAGGGCUGCAGCGAGAGCUUCAAUUUCACCAAGCGCAAACAUCACUGCAAGUCCUGCGGAGCGGCCAUCUGUGCAAAGUGUUCAAAGACCUUGGACAACAAAACAAGCAGAGUGUGUCCCGAAUGCUUUGAGGCCAGCCUCAGCCUGGAGAAUCUCUGCGGUGGCGAACAGAGAAAGAAGGCUGCGCUAGAGAAACAGACAUCGCUAACGGGAGAAAACUGCCUGUUGUGCGGGUACCUCCAAGUGCAGGAGAAGGGAAAGAGUUGGACCAAAAUGUGGAUGGCUGUAACCAAGGCUGAGCCCCUGGUGCUGUAUUUGCAAAGCAGUGGACAGGACUUGAAAGGGUCACGGACAGUAGCUCUCUCUGGGUUUGAGGUCAGCACGGUGCCAUCAGCUGACAAGUCUGAUGUCAAGCAUGUGUUCCGGCUCAGUCACACACAGCAAACUUUGCUCUUAAGUGCCCAAGAUGCAGAACUUCAGACCAAGUGGGUGGACCUCCUCUCCAAAGCUGCUCGUGGAGAAACGCCCACAGAGGCCUCCACAAGCGUGACAGAACACAGGAAGAGCCAGUAGUGGUCAUGUAGGAGCCACAGGUUUCGCUCCCCCUCUCUGUCCUGUGUAUAGAGCACACAUUACUUGAAUUCACUUUACCUUGGCACUUUUUUAUUUCCCCCUCUUGAAAGGACCGUUCAAUCUUUUAUGUCCUUCUUAAACCUUAUUCUUAUGACCACACAUCUACUUUUUCCCCUCUGUUUUUCUGUCUCUCAAACAAACAAAAACCAUGCUAUCCACUUACCAAUGCCACUCGUCAGUAUAUUUUAUUCUUCAGUGUUUUCAGCAGCUGGAGUAGAUCUUUGAAGAACCUUUAUUUGUAAUAUAACUGAAGAAAGUUCCUGUAUAAUUCCCUUUUUCCUUUUUUCUUUUGUAAGAUGAAGUUCUUGUAUAUUAUUCCAUGUUGUUGUGAAGCAUUAAUUCUUGUUUGUCUUUCCACCAGUGUGGAAGUGUGUGGAAGUAUGUAUGCAUGUAUGUAUGUUUGUAUGGAUGGAUGGAUGGAUGAAUGAAUGAAUGAAUGUAUGUCAGUGUGAAUCCCCUCUGUGUUUUGAUAAGUAUGAAAUGUUAGAGUAAGAAACCAGUCAAACCAGAGUCACCAUUCAGUGACUGGGGACACAGUGGUGGUUCAGUGGGUAUUGUACAGUAUGUAUACUAUAGUGUGAUGUAAGGAAACAAAGAUAAGAUACAUUUAACUUAAAAAAGACAAAGUAAACGUGUACAUUAGUGGCUGGCCACCUGAUGCUCCCAGUUAUAGCACCCAUCUUACAGUCCCUGACCUAUUACCCUGAAGUACAUUGGUACUGCCGCCCUCUCUAUUAUUGUUGUUAAAGUCUGAGACCUUUAAUCUAAGCUUGAUCUGACACAUUUCCACCCUUGCUGUUAUUAUUUGUCAGUACCAGAAAGGCAUCACUUGGCUUUACUUCUGCCCUGCCCUAUGAGGUCAGUCUCAAUAUCUCCACUUGUAAACAAGCUAAAUAAACCCUCUCUGUCUAGUUCUAUUUCUCAGCUAAGAAAUCAGCUUCUCCCUUUGGUGAUGUGAUGGAAACCAAGUACUGUACUGUAAAACUGUUUAUACAGCCUUGCCCCCUUACCUUUUUCCUGUCAGCACAAGCCUUUAAACAAAAAAGUAGCAAAUAAACUUUGUCAUUGGAUCUUUUUGUGCAUGUAAACUCACUCAUUUGUGUUCCGUGCCAUGGAAUCUUCCCCUCCUCCCCCUUUUUUAAUGCACCAGAAUUCAUUCAAGUUGUACUGUAAGUGAGCAGAGUCACGCCUAAGUGGAUUGUGCACGGUGGAAAAGCAGUCAUGCAUAUCAUCAAUAAACAAAUGUGGCUCAUUUGGUGCCACUCUGUCCUAUA